GAAGACACCAUGCAGCUUGACAUUCUCCAUCGCAAUCCAGAGGCAACAUCUCGCAAGUCUGAAAAUCGCGUCGCCAAUGCCAUCGUGGAGGCUGCAGAUAGUCGCGGAGAUGGCUCUCAGGCCAUUAAUAUACAAGCGACGAUCGACGAUUUGCCGGACGGAGGUUACGGAUGGGUCAUUGUCGCUGCAUGCAGUCUCAUAUCUUUCUUCCACAUCGGGUUGACAUACUCGUGGGGAAUUGUCCAAGCGCGUUUGAGCGCAUCCCACCUGGCGAAAGACUCCACGCUCUCGUUCAUCGGCUCCACCGCUGUUGCCUUCGUUUCUUUCGCCGCACUCGUGAAUGCACGCAUCAUUCGUCGGCUCGGGACGCGCAACUCUGCGCUGCUUGGUUGCUUUUCUCUUGGAUUUGGGCAGAUCCUGAACGGAUGGGCUUCGUAUAGCAUCGCUGGGCUCUUUGUGACGAAUGGCGUCAUUGUAGGCUUCGGUACAAGCCUGUGCUUCAUGACGUGCGGUUCACUGCCCGCGCAGUAUUUCAAGCGGCGUCGUGGGCUGGCUAACGGCUUUGUUUUCGCCGGUGGAGGCAUUGGCGGAGGGGUGUGGUCCCUAUCGAUCAGUUCGCUCAUCGACCGCGUAGGCAUCCCAUGGACGUUCCGCAUUCUAGGGCUCAUCACCCUCACGACGACAAUGCCCGCUGCCAUGCUACUCAAGGAACGCGUGCGUCGUGCACCUGCGACUGUAGAAUGGAGGCUUUUCCUCGACCCAAAAUUCAUACUCCUCUUCCUUGGCUCGGCCCUCGCUACGUUCCCGAUCCUUGUCCCCGCCUUCUUCAUACCAUUGUACGCGAACUCCCUCGGCGCGUCCGCCUUCACAGCUUCCGCACUUCUCGCGUUGUUCAACCUCUCAUCAGCCGUCGGUCGUGUCGGCUUCGGCGCUCUAGGCGAUCGAAUAGGUCCAAUCUCUGCGCUCGCGCUCACUCUGCUCCUCGCCGCGGUCAGCAUGCUAGCUAUAUGGCCCGUGUCCGCAAGCCUCGCGCCGCUCGUGGUGUUCAUCGUGUUGAAUGGGAUCGGGAACGGCGGGUUUUUCUCGACGAUGCCGAGUGUUAUCGGGCAUAUGUACGGCUCUUCGCGUGUUGCGAGCGCGUUGGCUAUGGUGGUGACGGGAUGGGCUUUCGGAUACCUCCUCGGCUCUCCUGUCGCAGGAUGGUUACUCGAUGCGUACGGAGGGUCGAGUGCUGGGCGCACCGCCUUUCGACCUGCAAUCUAUUUUGCGGGUUCUCUUUCUCUGCUGAGUGUGGUGCUGAUCACAGCUAUGAGACACAUGGUGACGAAAAACAAAAUCUUCGUGUUCGCAUAGAAGCGAAAUUCUAGAGUAGUUACUCCUCUUACUCCUCAAAUGAAUGAUUUUCUCUCCAGCC